CGGUGAGCCGGGAUGCAGCUCCAAUGACUGUGAUAACAGAGGAGUUGGGACCAGGAAAUUGCCAAGUGGUAGUCUGCCAGAAUACAAAUGACCCAACUGACAGAGAGGGGGGGUGUUUUCUCCCAGGCUGGUGAGAGACAGGGAGCAAUUAUGGGAAAGCUGCAUCUGAUCAAAAGAUUUCAAUACAUCAAUGGCAGAUUCAUCCAGUGAUUCAGACAACUUUCUUCGUGGUCGUGUAGGAAGGCGGGGCCCUCUAAGAGCCACCCACAGCAGAGCCCGAAACCAUGGGGCUGGAGAUGUUACAGAGAAGAUCCAUACCUUAGCAAGCACUUUACAGGAUACCAACCGAAACCUGAGACACGUUGACCAGAUGCUAGGACAGUACAGAGAGUACAACAAUGAACAGACUGAAGCUAUAGCAACUUUAAAAGAGACACUGGAACAAUCUAUAGGCCAAUUAAGGAGCCAACGAUUGUCCAGACAUUCUGGAAUGAGAAGUGCCUCUCUUUCAAGUUUAUACACAAGUGACCUGGAUGGUGAAGCAGCCACAGGGAGCCGCCAUUUCCAGCCUACCUCACCUCUCAGGGAUUAUGGAGACUCACAGAGCACUAGACGUCGGAGGUCUAGGUCUGCUAAUGUCCGGUUCGUCGAUGAGGCCAAUAAUUUGGACCAGUUACAUUCCUUACACCACUCCCUUCGAGACCUUAGCAGUGAACAGGUUCGCCUAGGAGAUGAUAUCAGCAGGGAGAUUUCAAGAAGAUACCGGACUGAUGCAGAAACCAAAAAGAUCUUGACAGACUUGUCGGAAAAGCUCACUGAAUCCCAAAGACAAGAAACUGUGUCAGAGCGGGUAGAGAGAAGACUUCAAGAGAUAGAACAAGAUAUGCGCACAGAAAGGCAGGUGGUAGAAAGACGCCAGGACCAACUAGGACAUAUGUCUAUGCAGUUGCAGGAGGCUUUAAGGAAACGAGAUGCUAAAGCUGAUGAAAUGGAAGGACUGAUGAAAAAUAAACUUUUGAAAUCUGAAAAUGAAAAGAGCAAACUUGAGCAGGAGUUGGAGCGGGCCCAGAGGAAGUUAGAUCAGUCAGAAGACAGUCGAGAAGCUCUCCUGCAUCAGAUUGAAGAUCUCCAUUCACAAUUACUGAGAGCAGAAGCGGACCGUGUGGAUUUGCAGCAUCAAGUUUCACAGGUUGCCAUGCACCGCCAAAGCUGCCAUGAUGAGCAAGAGGACGACAGGAGAAUUAGAUCAGUUGUUGAAAGGUCUGAGCGGGAGAAGCAAGAGUUGGAGAAACAGAUCCUGGAAUUAAGAGCAAAGCUGAGUCAUAGUGCUGUCAUGUCAGAGGUAGAGGAGCUGAAGCGAUGCAUAGAGCACAAGGAUAAAGAGAAAGCACAACUUGCAAUGCACAUACAGGUGUUAACAUCUGACUUGGAAAACAGGGAGAAGCAGCAGCAAAGGAUGCUGGACCAGCUGAAGGAGAUACAGAGCUGCUACAAGGCCUGUGAGAGUGAACGGAGGCAAACUGAACUCCAAACUGCUGAGCUGGCCCAGCAACUUGAAGAGUCUACUAAGGAAGCAGAUCGGUACCUUGCUGAAUUCAGGCAGUCUGAGACCCUUAGGCUAGACACUGAGAAGAAGAAAGAAGAGUUGAAAGUGAAAGCUCAGGAAUCCAUUCGACACUGGAAGCUGAAAUAUAAGAAACUGGAACGUGAUAUGGUGAAACAGAAUGAAACCAUCAAUCAGCUAAUGGACAAGAGCAAUCAGGUCCUUAAAGAGAAGGAUGACCUGAAGGCUCAGCUUCUCUCUGCUAUACAUCAAAUAGAAAACCUUCGCAAGGAGCUGAGUGAUGUGCUUACAAAGAGGGCCCAGCAAGAAGAGGAACUCCAUUGUAAGGAGGUGAAGCUCAGUGAAACCAAGUCUCAACAGAUAGUUCUUGAGCAAGAGAUCAGGGAAGUCCACGAUAAAGCAAAUAAACUGGAGAGUGAGUUGCAAAAGCAGAUCCUGGUACAGAACCAGAUGAGAAAUGAAAAAGAACGUUUAGAGGAAGAGCUUGAAACAGCUAACAUGAUCAAUGAAAAAGAUCAGGAAAGAUUCUUAGAGAUGCAAGAAGAUAUAAAAAACUUAAGUGCUAUUCGGGCAGAGCUGACAAACAGAAUAGCAGAGGAAGAAAAAGUCAAGAAAGAGAUUCUCAAGAACUUUUCAGACCUUCAAAAACAUCAGGAGUCUAAGCAAGAAGAGAUUACUACAACUAGCUGGCAGCUGAAGAUGGAGAGAGAUGUUCACCAGCAGGAGCUGGCAGAUCUUAGAUCAGAGUUGAAGAAUGUGAAAACAAAGCAUGAGAGAAAUGUUCAAGAGCUGAUGAAGCUCUUUAGGCAAGAAAAGGAUGAGACAGAGAACCACAUGAGGAGGCUGAAGACAGAACUUUUAGAUGAGAAAAAUGUAGUGAAAGCUCAGCGUCGACAGGUGGAGAAGAUGAAAACUGAAUAUGAUAAGAUGACAGAAGAGUUAACCCAGAAUGAACAGGAAAACACAAAACUUAGACGGAAAUAUGAGCUUGUGAAACAGGAACUGGAGGAAAAGGAUAAACAGAUAAGCAGUGAAGAAGAUCAUUUGAGGAGGAUGGAGGAGGCCAGAUUACAGCUUAGGGAUCAGCUGCGUUGUCUAGAGACAGAGCAAGAAUCCAUUCUCACCAUGAUAGGAAGUGAAAUUGAUGCAGCUUGUGAAAUCCUUUCCAGAGACUCUGUGGAGAAAUUCAAAGCAAUAUCACUUACACCUGGGUUACAGAAUGACCCUCAUCGCUGGUUAGCAGAAACAAAGACUAAACUUCAAUGGAUGUGUGAAGAGGUGAAAGAGAAAGAAAGCAAGGAACGGAAGCUGCGGCGUCACCUAUUGCAGAGUCGAGAGCAGCUUAAGCACUUGACAUUGAGCAAGGAGUGUGAACGUCAGUCUCUCUUUGAACAAAUAAAAAAGCAAGAACAUGUCCUGGAGGAAGUUAACAGAGAAAAGAGAGAUCUGCUGGAGAAGACUCACAGGAGAGAGGAAGAAAUGGCAGCGCUACAGGAGCGUAUCAUGGCCUUAGAAACAAGUACCCGAGUAGCCUUGGACCAUCUAGAGUCUGUUCCUGAGAAACUGAGCCUUUUGGAAGAUUUCAAAGAUUUUGGAGAAUCUCAUCGUCAGAGGGAGAUAAUUGAAGAGAGAUACACUAAAUACAAGGAAAUUGUGGGCUCUCUACAGCAGCAGCUGGAGGAUUCAAAGCGCAGAAUCAGAAACUUCAAAGAUGAGAAAAUGGAUGCUGAUGUUUCCGACAUACAAGCGGCAAGUCUCUCCUCCAACUGGCAGACUAAAACCAGCUUUAUGUCCAGCUCACUGCUUUCAGAUUCAGGCUCAUUUAUCAGAAGAAUGGUUCCUUUUGAUUUAAAUACAACCAAGGAAGAUCCCAUUAGUAUCGCUGUCAAUGAAAUGAAGUCACAAGCAGAAAAAGAGAAGCACUAGAGCUACUAAAGAACUGUGCAAAAACACCGCAGCUUUCCUUGCUGGAGGUUCAAUUCUGCUCCAUUGUUUUACAACAAUAAUAAUUCUGUUUGCAAUCAAGCACAGCUGCACUUACAGGAGUGAUGCAGCUUCAGUAAUUCAUCAAUUGCCAAAUAUUGACUGAAAGUUCAUCAUAGUUGUUUGAGGGGAAUGAGGCUAUUUAAACCUGAAGAUAACGGUAUGUACCACAUCUGCCAAAGGGUUUCAUGGCAUAAAGCUUUGUCCUCUUUGCAUUCAUUUCUAUAGUUUGCCUGACUAGAGUUCAUUCUUGCUUACAGCAUACAUGGAUUCUAAAGAUUACUAGCUGAAAAACUAGUACACAAACUUUUGCUAAGAGCAAAAUUACAGGUGUAAAGAAAUUUGGUUGACACUUAAAUUUAGGGAUCAUUUAAUAAUGAUUAAUAAUCAAGAAACAAUUACUAGAAAUUACUUUUGUCCCAAUAUAUAAUAAGAGGCUUUAUAAUAUGUUGUAGCAAAAUGUAUACAUGAUUUUAGGUAUUUCAGUUUAUAAAAACCAUGUAACAGGUCAUUAACUAUUAGAAAAGAAUCCAAUCAGCAAAGUUUAAAACUAGAACCACAUUUUCCCAAAGUUGAAGGGAAUUUAGAUCAUAGGCUGCACCAAUCUAUCUCUAUUGUAGACGUUUAGAAUUAUUUCUAAAGUAUAAUAUCUUAUAAUCCGAUAGUAUGGCAAGAAGGCAUUAUUAUCUAAUGGUUAGAGUAAGAGAAUGCCAGUCGGAAGACUGGUUCUCAGCUCUUCUCGUAAGUCACUGUGUGACUUUUUGCAAAUAACUUAACCUCUCUGUGCCUCAGUUUCCUCACCUGCAAAAUGACCUGAUGAUACCGAUCUUUGUUAAGCACUUUGAAAACCUUUGAUGAAAGGUGAUGCUAUAUAUGAGCAUGAAACAUUGUUCAUUUUUAAAAAGCAACUUCUAAUAACCACUUAGUUAUUCUUUUUAUUUUAUAUUAAGUAUUUUGAAAUUUCACCUUAAUUUUAAAAUGUUACUUACUAUUCAUAAUUCUGGAUGUCCUUGCUUCUGAGGACCCCAUUCCAUUCAAAUCUGAUACAUUUCCUAGCUUACUAAAGUCCCCAACAAACCACUAUUGUAACAUCUUCCACUAUCUCUAGAAUCUUCAAUAUUUGCACCAGUCCUGGUUCAGUUCUAUGAUACAUACUUAUCUUUAGUGUUCCAGGUUGAAUCACCACUAAAGUGCCUUAAAGGGCCAAUAUACUGGCCAAACACACCAGGGAGUAUCAGCGUAAUAUGAAUUACAUUGCAAUGGUUCAUUUAUGUCAGCCUUUUCUUAUAUAGAGAGCCCUCUCCUUCUCUGAAAGACUGUGGCUCUUUUACCAGCAAUGUCAGUAGAGAUGGAACCUUUAGUAGCAGUUUCCAGAUCAUGAUGUGCCAACUAAGGAACGGGCAGUGCUUUUAAAGAGUUUACUGCAGACAGAUUCUGCUCACAGCUGGGACAGUGCGGAGUCUGUUGGAGCAAGCCCCUUAUACUCAGCAUUGUUCCAAGCACACCUUAUUGCUGAGGAUAUUAACAGCAUAGAUUCUGCAGAAAGGGAGAUGAGAAGAUACACUUGAUUAUUGCUUUGCAUUAAUUUUAUGUACGUAUUGUAACUUCUUUGUAUGAAAACAGCUAUUGACUAUUUUUCUUAUGUCUCAUAAAAGAUUGGCUUAUCCUUUCUGAAGAUAUUCUCUUUGUCUUCUAGAUGUGCAUAGUGUAGGCUGGAGUAGUACUGGCACUAGCCCUUUACAGACUGCUGAUGCGUUUCCUACCUCAAAGGCCAGAAAGUAUAACAGGGUCAUCCAUCUCUUCCAAUCCCAAUGGCUGUGUCAGAGCCAGAAUAAAAAAAAACUACACAAAAAAACCCCUCUCUACUAGUGAAAAUAAGGUUAAUGAAAACUUGUUUCUAUCAUAGAGUAGGAAUAAGCAUGGACAUCAUGACAUAUGAGAUUAACUCAGUCCAUAGUUGCCCUAAACUAAACCAACUGUAAAUGUAUUCAGCAUUUGUCAUUUAUUUUUUUAAUUAAAUCAGGUCACAGCUGGAAAUUGGUGUUUAAAACAUUUCAGCCAGUUUGCCUGGUGGAAAGUUGGAAAAUCAGAAAAUAAGAUAUUCACAGUUUCCAGAGUUUAUGGUGCAUACAUAUAAUGGUUAAAAGAAAUAUAGGACAGUCAAUUUAAAAUAAAAACUGUUGUUUUGCAACACAGUAAAUUGUGGUCUUAAAAUAGACCAUGUUGCAAGGAGAUCUUGUUAAAGAGAACCCCCUACAGUUUCAAUUGCUGUAUAGAUAGAUGUGUAUCAACCACCUUUUACUGAAUCUGGAACAACUUCCAUGGUAAAUGCCUGUUUGUAGGUGGGCUAGGCUGAAACCUAGCAACUGAGAGCCUCAGUUCAGGAGCAAAAUUAUUAUUUUUGUAAAAAUAAAAAUCUCUUUGCUUUCCCUAAGGAAUGUGAAAAACGCUGGAUAAUCAUUGCUUCUGCCUCUCUUGGCUUGUAUUUAUUAUUUCUUACUUGUGUUUACUAAAAGUAGUUUAGUUAGUUUUAAUAAUUGUGUUUUUGCAUUCUCUGACUACUACAUUUAAGCAGUCUAAACUCCAGGACAUGCUUUCAAAAUGCUCUGUAAAUACAUUCACACAAUAGAAUGAAAAUGACUAUUGGGUGAAUUAUACUGGCUUUAAAACUCCUUAAAUAUGGUUAAUUCUUUACAAACUGGGCCAUGUGAUAUCUUUUCUGGGGCAAUUUAUUUCCUUUUUGUAACUUACAAAGAGGGUUGGGGGAAAGAAAUUAAACCACAAAAAAAAUUAAAGGAACUUUUUAAUGGGUUGGUGUAAGCUUUCCAAACCCAGUAAAUUCUUUCCUAAACUUACCCUCUUGGCACUGCAGCACAGAUAAUGUACAACAUUGGCCUGAAUUCUGCCUUAGAUAGAGGAUCAUAUUUCCUGCAAUACAAUGAAUUAAUUUCCUUCCUAAUGAGGGUUAAAGUCUCUUUCCUGACACUAUUUGAAAAUGACCUUUUGUGGUUUAAUAAAUUAUAUUUUUUCAUCUUGGCAAAAAUAUUAUUCCUCCUGACAAGUUUCUGAUUCUAAAGUAGAAAAUCAGGUUGUUCAUUUGAAACAUUUUGUGCAUUCAGUAUCCUAAAAUUACUAGCCUUUUCAUUCAUCAUAGAUCCUCUGAAUAUUAUUAAUUCAUUAAUGGCCUAAUCCUUGCACACAGUGAGAGCUUUCAGUAUGCAAGAAAUGUGGGAUCAGGCUCAAAGAUCGUGUCUACACUGAGUUUUUUUUCUUAUGCACAGCAUCUCUGAAAAUUUGGCCACUUGUAUUUAGGUGUCUAAACUGGGACCUAAGUACCUAACUUCAGGCAUCCAAUUUGGAAAUUUUGGCCUUGAAAACUAUGGUCCAAACUCUACUUAGUGCAGGUUAACAUAGCUAUAAGUAGAAGUGCAUCAACCCCCUAUGUUCAUUAUCCCUAAAACACCACUUAUUGUGGUAUCCAAGCAUCUUCAGUUGAAUUACUUCAGUUUUACAUUGUCCCUCACUUCUCUAGAGCUUCAUCUGGAACCUUAUAUAUUUUCAAGCUUUGGCAGCCAUGUAAUCCAGUGAUGCCUGCUUAGUGGUAAACUUUCUUCUACUUGAAUGGACAAGUCAGACUCCUAGUACACCUAUAUUUAAAAGCCUUGCCUAUUGAUUUUUAUUAUCAAAUUAGGUUCUUCUAGAAACAACUGCAAAGAGAAAAAUAGAGCUAGGCACAGAACACAAUGGCCUCCUCUUGUGGAAUGGAGAGUAGAGAGGGCAGGGAUAGAUCACCACAUGGAGAAGCAAUUUAGCCUUUUUUCUCCUCAAAUUUUUCAUGAAAAUGAGAGGUUUCAACGGUAAUGGGUACUGAAGUUUUGUGCAUUCAUCCAUCACCCAUAUCUUCUCUACUCCUCCUUCCAGCUUUCCCUCAAAACAAAUUUGAAUGGAUUAGAAUAGCCAGGCCCUAAGAAAAUACUGUCAUCUUGUUCCCUACAGUCCUUUCUUGGAUGGGAGAGUGUUUGUUCCCACAUCCCAUGUUUUUCUCGUGGAUAUGUUUCCACAACAUGGCCUCUUAAAUGACCCUGCAUUAGAUAACUGUGUGUUUCCCUGGAAAAACUGGCUUUUCUGGAUGAAAUGUCAAUAUUUUGGCCCAGCAGUAUAUUCAGGCAUUUUUAUAACAAUGAUCUUAGUCUUUAUGCCUAAAAAUGUCUGAAGGAAAAAAUGGAGAAGUUUUCACAUCUGUAGCUCUUGAAAGAAUGUAGCUGUUGCUUAAAUUGCCUGUUUUUGUGCCCUCUGCUUUGUGUAUUGUAAACAAGAAAGUUAAAUCUUAUCCCGUUUUUGUAAAACUCUGACCCUUUGGUCUACAAGUCCAUCAUCUAUAGUGUUAGUAACCUUGUCCCCUGUCAGCUGGGCCCUGUUAUGCCCCCACAGGUGAAAUUCCCAAUGAGGUCUAUAGGAGCUGCACCCAUGUGUCUGGGGGCAUAGGCAGGUCCAAAUUAGUACAAUGUUGCAAAAACAAAUUCUUGUGGUGGUGAUGAUGAAGAAGAUAUGAUGAUAAAAAAAUUUAGAUACA